GCGACUUCUCCAUUCCUGGCGUCGUCCGUCGCGCUAACGAGUGUCUGAACCUCCCGGCGAGCAGCGGCUUCUCUCCGGCUUCUCUCCGGCUCACACAGGGACCCUCGCCCGGCUCUCCGACCUCCCUCUCCCGCAGAGCACCGCUGUCCACCGCGACCACCUCGCUGUGAAACCCCCAGGAGCCAGAUUCAUCGAGCCCGACUGCACGAAGUUCAUAGGCAAGCUAGCUAGCUAGCCACCUAGCUAAGUCUCAGCUAGCUUGCAGUGCUGGUCGGGGGGGGGAGCAGCUUUUAUUCUUUUCUUUUGUUUGUUAUUUUGCUUGUAAAGUCAUCUUUCGGGAGGGGGCGUCGCUUCUGCAUCGUCCUACGACCCUUCGUGGCUGUUCCACCCGGGAUUCCGACGCGUAUUUGCGGUGUGGUUCAGAGCGGUAAGCCGGCUGGCUGUCGCUAGCGUGCUCGAGUUAGCCUGCUAGCUAAUACCCUGCGUAUUUAGCCUGGAAGCCAGUUGGAGGCCUCAGCUCCGGCGCCACCAGCAGCUGCCACCGCCGCCCGAGAGUCAGCGUGGCCCCGCGGUGAGAAGUGACAGCUAACUUGGUGACGCAGAGACUUCUCCCUGAGGAGCCAAGAAGCAGACGGCUCAUGACUUCUGACCAGGACACGAAAGUUGUAGCUGAACCACAGGUGCAGCAAGUGCAAGAGGCAAAAGAGAACUCCCAUUUGGAAUCCGCCAAGGUUUCAGACCUCAACCCCAAUGCGAAAGCAUGGGCCAACCACAUGUUUAGCCUGGACCCGAGCGGGAGUGCUGACACCACAACUGCUGCCCUGCAGCCAUGGAAGGAAGGCUGCGAUAGUUUGGCUGACCCCGGCCCAGAAGGUCAGCCAAUAACUCCGGAAACAAAAUGCUAUGAGGGCAGUGAAGACAAGGCUUACAAGGAGCCGCUACUCGCCGGCCCAGAUGAGCCUCCACCGGUACCUGUGAUGCUGGCUGAGCCGGCCCCCCCGGCCCCCGUCACCCUGGAGUGCGCCGAGCCGGCCUACACGGAAUACACGGAACCGGGACAGCCUGGGCACACAGGCGGUGAUCCCCAGCCUGAGAACCCCCAGGAGGGCUUGAGGGAGCACCUGAAGAAGACCCUGGAGUUCUGUCUCUCCCGGGAGAAUCUGGCCAGUGACAUGUACCUCAUCUCCCAGAUGGACAGCGACCAGUACGUGCCAAUUGUGACGGUGGCCAACCUGGACCAUGUCAAGAAGCUCAGCACCGAUGUGGAGCUGAUCGUCGACAUUUUACGAUCUCUGCCGUUGGUCCAGGUGGAUGAGAAGGGGGAGAAGGUGCGGCCCAAUCAGAACCGCUGCAUCGUGAUCCUCAGAGAGGUUCCAGAGACCACGCCCAUCGAGGAGGUCGAGGCUCUUUUUAAAGGGGACAACUUACCCAAGUUCAUCAACUGUGAAUUUGCCUACAACGACAACUGGUUCAUCACCUUUGAAUCAGAAGCAGAUGCACAGCAGGCAUAUCAGUAUCUGCGGGAGGAGGUGAAGACCUUCCAAGGGAAGCCGAUCAAGGCGAGGAUCAAGGCGAAGGCAAUCGCUAUCAACACUUUCAUGCCAAAGAACGGUUACCGGCCGGUGGAGGUGAACCCGUACGCCCAGCAGCGCUACACGUCCUACUACAUCCCGCCGGUCUACAGCCCCCAGCAGCAGUUCCCUUUAUACAGCCUCAUCACGCCACAGGCCUGGUCGGCCACACACAGCUUCAUCGACCCUACGCUGGUCGCCCCAUUUCACAACAACCAGUUCCUCAAUGGAUUUACGACAUCACACAGUUUCAAACCAGCGACGUCCCCCCUCACUGUCAGACACUACUCGCUCAGGAACAGGAAUCACAGUAAACCUCACUUGAGGCCGACCCUCCCGACAGCGGACCGCAGCACAGGGCUUCUGGACAGCCCGGCCCUCUUUCCCAGCUUCCCCAGCGAGAGACUCAACGGCGUGCGCAGCAGCCCGCCCACACGACUCCCCGCCAGCCAGCCCAGAACGAGGUUACCCUCCACCGCGGCCUUCCCCCGGAGGGACACCGUCGGAACAGGGCGAGUCACUGAGCCCACAUCCACAGACUACUCCCUGGGCAUCGGGAGAGGAAGGAAAACUUUUUCUGCUUCUAGGAAAAAAAGGGAUGAAAAGUUUACAAGAGCGACGCCCCAGUCGCCACCGCCUCCCCCCAAACCCCCGUCUCCGAGCUUCGAGCUGGGCCUCUCCAGCUUCCCCCCCCUGCCCGGAGCAGCCGGCCAGCUCAAGACAGACGACGUGUUCGACAACCGGCUGGCCAGCAGCGUGGUCGUCGGAACGGCCAAGGAACGGAAUGUAAGUGCAGAGUCCGCUCCUGGAGCCGCUCUCUCCCCAGCCGGCAACAAAGAGCCUCUUCGGUCCCCCACCUCCCCGAUGCCGACACACUUCCAGCCCUCGCCGACCCCGGCCCCGACCCCGGCCUCGACCCCGGCACUGACCCCGGCUGCCGGCCCACCGCACAGUCCGGCUCCCUCCCUCCCAGCAGCGGAGGUGAAGGUGAUGGAGGUGAAGCCAAAGGAGGUGCAGUUGUCCGUGGAGCGAGUCCCUGGCUCUCUCUCCACUGCAAGCAAAUCAGUGCAAGUCAACGGCGCUGCCACAGAGCUGAGGAAGCCGUCCUACGCUGAGAUCUGCCAGCGGGUGAAGGACGCCCCGACAUCACAGCAACAACCACCGACCCCCAAGGACGCCAAGCCAGCCUGCGCUGCCCCUGCAGGCGAGGAGAGGAAGUGCCCGGACGCCUCGGCCAAUGCAGGCGACUCCAAGUUCAGAGAGACACACCCUCCCUCCUCUAAAUCCGGCUCAGCGGCCAUCACCCCGGGAAGACCCCCGAGGGAGGGCAGGAGGCCGGCCGGGCGGUGGGCCUCCCCGCCCCCCCACCCAGGGAAAACCCCCAGCAAAGAUUCCCACCACACCCCGCCCAAGUCUCCGCAGUAG